CCGGAAGUUCCGACACUACUGUAAGCGGCUAGCAGCUCGAGCUAGAAAAGGUUAUGAUCCGAGCUCCAAACGCUUCAUUUAACUUCACUCAUUAGUGAGUCGGCGUUGAUUUGACACAUUGUUUGAACAUACUGAGCACUGAGAAUGAGAGAGACGUAGCAACACUGCCAAGUCGUUUUAAAUAAACUUCUGUCGAGAGACUACUUUUUACCUGAGGGACAAAUCUAUGCCGAGCUCAGAUCAGCCAGGCUUGUGGACGUUGGCUAGCGGGCUAAUAACAGUUGUCUCAGGCAGGCGGAGGUGGUCGCUGACCGGAGCGCUGGUCACCGCCAGCCCGCGUCACCGCAUCUCAUUCAGAGGUCACGCACCGGGUGUCUGUGCCUGCAGGCUGCGUUUGCUCCUCGUGAAAAGCGACGUUAUGACACCAUAGGUACCAACAGGCUGUAAAUGUGAGAGAUGGGCUCUGAAAACCCAGAGGACUUUGGACCUGCUGUGAUCCUUGCUGAGGAAGAUCAGCAAGAAAUCGGAGGCCUGAUCAACUCUGAUGGAGAAGAGGUGGAUUUCUCAGAUCUCAGAAAAGGUGCUAUCCCUGGCAUUGUACCUGCAGAGGCUCCCUCCAAGACGUUUGAUCAAAGCGAGAAUGAAAAGCCGCCGUCUCUUCACAGCUGCUCGGUGUGUGGGAAAGACUUUCCUUACGCCUCCAAACUUCAGCGCCACUUACGUACUCACUCAGGAGAGAGGCCUUUCCCCUGCUCGAUGUGUGAGAAGAGAUUUCCAGAGAAGGGGCUGCUCAUGAUCCAUGAAAGGGUCCAUACUGGGGAGAAACCAUUCCCAUGCACUUUCUGCGAGAAAAGAUUUGCCAGUCAGGGGGAGCUCAGGCUGCACCGGCGGACACACACUGGCGAGAGGCCGUAUCACUGCUCCAUCUGCUUAAAGAGCUUUUCCCGACACUGGCAUCUGAAAACUCACCUAGAGGCGAUGCACUCGGAGGUUGUGGCGGGCUUUACGAGGAAGAAGUUUCCGUGUUCGGACUGUGACAAGAGCUGUAACUCGGCAGCCGAGCUUCGAGAUCAUCAGAGGACUCACACCGGAGAGAGGCCAUACCAGUGCUCUUUCUGUGACAAAAGGUUUGCCUUGUCGGGCACACUCGUGAGACACGAGCGUCUCCAUACCGGCAUUACGCCUUACCACUGCUCCGACUGUGGGAAGACAUUUGCACAGCAGUGGACUCUGACGACACACAUGCGGACUCACACGGGAGAAAAACCAUACAGCUGCACUCAGUGCGAUAAGUCUUUCGUAGCUCCAGGAGAGCUGCGGAGACACACCAGGAUUCACACAGGAGAAAAGCCGUACACCUGCGCAGAUUGUGGCAGGCACUUCUCACUGGCAGGAACUCUCAGAAACCACAAAAGAUCGUGUACGCAGAACAAGAACGGACCAGUUACAGGUGUCAUCACAGACCCAGUUCAAGCUGCAGUUGGUGAAGCAUCCCAGCAAGACCUGGUUAACAACAUCAGCUCUGAGGUGUCUGACAGUCAGUGUUUGCCCAGUGCAGCACAGCCUCUUUCCACAGAGAGUCCUAACUGUGACAAAUCAGCUCAAUGUGAAAAUACAGAGAAAGAACCGAGAGAACCAGAAGACCGACCGGAGGACGCUGCUUCCAGCCCGCAUAUGAAUGUAAUAGUGAAAGAGGAGGAAGAGGAGGAACCUUUGUGUGAAGAAGAAGCUCCUGACCAGGUGUCUGGUAGUGAGGAUUGUACCAUACCGGAGGAAACUGAAGAGCCACAGCCGGAAACCAACACAGAAAUUAGGAUUACAGUAAAGGAGGAAGAAGAAGAACUUGUCAACAUGUCCGAAGAGGAUCCUGAUCAUGCCACUGACAGUGAAAAAGACAGUUCUCCAGCUUCGCCAGUUCAGGAACAGUUUAAUGACAGUCUGACAAAGAGCUCUUACUGCUGCGGGCUCUGUGGAAGAGACUGUCACAAGAUGUCCGCGCUCCAGAUUCACAUGAGAAUUCACUCGGGAGAGAAACCGUACCAGUGCACUCUGUGUGGGAAGCAGUUCACCCAGAAAGGUCAACUCAAAGGUCACCAGAAAGUUCACACGGGAGAGAAACCGUUCUCCUGCCCGGACUGCGGGAAGAGCUUCGCCCACUCAGGGGCCAUGAACAGACACCGACUCACACACACCGGAGAGAGGCCUUACCACUGCUCUGUGUGCGACAGGAGCUUCAAUCAGUCCGGCCGCUUGAGGGAACAUGAGAAAAUUCACUUUGGGGAGAAGUUUGACUGUCCAGAGUGUGACAAGAGUUUCACACGAGCUUCAAGUCUCAAGAACCAUUUCAGGCUUCACACGGGGGAGAGGCCGUACGGCUGCGACAUUUGCGGGAGAGGCUUCAGCCGCUCACAAAGCCUGAGGCUCCACAGACGGAAACACGAGCAGAUUCAGACUGAGGAGUCCGCAUUCAGUGUGAGGAACGAUGAUUUAUCACAGAGUGACGACAACUCUCCGAUUAAUAUGUGUAUAACAGACAAAAAUGACUGAUAACGUAUUUAUAUGAACCAUAGAGAUGAUAUGUACCAGUAGUAGUAUUACGAUACGGGAUUUUAGGCAGUAAAACACGAAUCGUAAGAGGGGAAAGUAAGGGACUACCUCUGUGAAUAGACCGUCAUAAAACACAAAAAAAAGUAUUAAAACUACAAUAUUUAACACCCAAGCUGGUGAAAAUUAAUAAACAGACACUUAUCAGGUGAUGUUCAGCAACUAACAACACGGUUUCAGACAAAAUGACCCAACAAAUAUUGACUACAAACACAAUUUCCGUAAAAAAAAAAAAAAAAUCUUGAAUGAUGAUAAAUUCUAGAGGUCAUAUUUAUUCGCGUUUAUCACUUUUAUCUAUGUUAGUUGCGUAUUGAAAUAUCACACUCACAUUAGUAUUUAUGGUAGUACAAAUUACUCAUUUAAGGUCUGUGAUUUCACUUUUUUCCAUGCAGUAUUUGUCAUUCAAACUAAUCGUGUAUGUGGAAAUUGGACUGAAGAAUAAUUAUGUUUUUGUAUCAGACGUUACGAUGGCCAAUGAGCAGUGUGGGAAUCAGGUGAAACUGGAAUUCAUUCUUUGGGUAUAAGCUACUGAAAUGUUCGAAAUGUUUAGCCAGUAAUGAAGCAGUGGGAUAUUCAUCAGGUUUUAUUUUUUGCCAAAACCAUUUUGCCUUAGCUGUGAUUAUUAUUAUUAUUUUUAUCUCUGUUUUGUACAGCAGGUAUUCAACAACCAAAUCAUGACUCAGGUUCACCUGUUUCAGACAACUCUUAAAGGCCAAGUAACCAUUGUGAAUAAAGGCAUCGUCCUCUAAGGCUGUGAUACAAAAGGCAAUAUUUUGAAGCCAUGUAGGUGGUGAAUUUUGCCGAGUGCUGCCUUUGUCUAAUUGUAUGGGACAUGUUAUACUGAACAAUAAAAGUAAAAGUGCUAAAGACUA